AUGUUUUCUCUUCUAUGUUUUUCUUCUUCAUUCUUUUUCUUUCUUCAUCCGUGUGAAUCUUUUUCUUGCAUUCACUUUUUAAUCUUUCUUCAUUUUCUUCUUUUACUUAUUUCUUUUUUCUUCAGUUUCUUCUUCUUCUUUGUCUUUUUUUUACAUUUAUUCUUCUGCAUUUAUCUUCUUUCUUUACAUCCAUUAAUUCUUUUCUUUCUCUCUCUCUCUCUCUUUUCUUUUCUCUCUUUUCUUUUUCUCUCUUCUUUUUUCUCUCUUUCUUUUCUUUCUUCUUCUUUUCUUUUUCUCUUUUCUUUUCUUUUUCACUCUUCUUCUUUUCUUUUUCUCUUCUUUUCUCUCUUCUAUUUUAUUCACUCUUUUUCUUUUCUUUUUCUCUUUUUUCUCUUUCUCACUUCUUUGCUUUUUCUUUCUUUUUCUCCUUUUUCUCUCUUCUUUUUCUUUCUUCUUUUCUUUUUCUCUCUUUUCUUUUUCACUCUUCCUCUUUUCUUUUUUCUCUUCUUUUCUCUCUUCUAUUUUAUUCUCUCUUUUUCUUUUCUUUUUCGCUCUUUUUCUUUUCUUUUUCUCUUUUUCCUCUUUCUCUCUUCUUUGUUUUUUUCUUUUCUUUUUCUCUCUUCUUUUUUAUUUUCACUUUUUCUUUUUCUCUAUUUUCCUUUGCUUUUUCUCUCUUCUUCUUUUCCAUUUCCUCUUCUUUUCUUUUUCUUUUCUCUUUUUUCUCUCUUCUUCUUUUUUUACACCUUCAUUUAUUAUUCCACCUCUUUCAAGCUAUUCCCACCCUCAGUUUUUCUUCUCUCUCUCUCUUUCUUUCUCUCUCUCUCUCUCUCUCUCUCUCCAUUUAUUGUCUCAGCCAUCCCUUCCUUUGCCUCUGUCACUGUCUAUCUUCCUCUCUUUUAUCUUGUUUCUCCUCAUCUUUGUUGUUUACACCUUCUCUGGUUUCUUUGCAGCCACAUUACUCUCCUACAUCUUCUGCCUCCCCCUGUCUGCUUCUGUCUUCUCCCCGCCCCACCUCGUCACCCCCCCUCUCUCUCUCUCUCCGUCACCCACUCUUUCACUGUAUCCUUUUCCUUCCAUUAG